AAUUCUCAAAACAGUAAGCAGUAACCAAUGCUCGUUGCAGCUUGCAGCAUGGUGCAUCGGUGCAUAGAAUCAAAGCACUGUAAGGGUGUACACUGUAAUUCGUAACGUAGAUCAAGAAGUUUGUUUUGAAAAAAAAAUACAAAAUAUUGGCGCGAUAUGGGGGACAAAGAACAUCACGUGCACUUCAGCGGCGGUAGUGGAAUGGGCAAAGAUAAUAAUAUAAUGAUACAACCUCAACGUCACGGUCACAUUGAUGCACAUCUCGGUUUCCUGCAGCUUCAUCACAGAUAUCACAUCGAAUUUUCGGUGCCGUGGAACGUGUGUAUACACGGGGAAGGUCAAAGUAUGGCUCCCGCUGUGGUCGUAGGCAACUCGAAUCCCAAUUGCUCUGUAAUUGAUUUCGCUCAGGACAAGGACGGUCUAAGAUUAAAAGUCGAUCUUUUGGCCUACAAGGAAAAGAUAAUAAAAGAGGAAGUUCAGCUCAUGUGCUGCAAGUCAGGAUCACCUUUGAACAUCCUCAUCCAUGCUCGUGUCCUUGGAAAGGACAAGGGGACUCCAUUAUUGCGAAAUGGGAUAAAAAGCGUUGCGAUCGUAGCCAACGAGGACGACGAGGACGAGGACGACGACGACGUUUCUGAAUAGAACAUUUUUUAACGGGACACCACGAUCUCGAAUCAAAGCAGCGUUUUUAAAGCUCCAUUUGCAUUUAGGAGGUCUCGGAUGAAUUUUGAAAAAAAUAAUCUUUCUAUCGAACUUGGAGGAACCUCCGAGAGAAAUAACAAAAAGAACAUUAACGACGAUUUUAUCAUCACUGAACAACGCAUUUUUAUUGCUCUAUCUGAAUUCACGGAAUCGUGAGAGAUUUCGCGAAGAAAAUCAAUUUUUUACGAGCUAACAAGAAACUAAUUGUUAUAAUUAACGAAAAGAAAUUUCUAAUAGUUUGCUCAGUGAAAUUUCGAGAUGAACUGAAUCGGAAAUCCAAGUGAAUCAGUGACAAGAAGUUUCACGGGAAUUAGUCUAACGAAUCGCGAGAAAAAAUGUCUCACGAGCGUUAAGAGUCGUAAAAAUCAGCCAAUCAAGAUAAAAAUAAUCAACCAAAUGGAAUAACGAGACAUUUUGUAAUACUUCGGAGUAAACGAAAUUAAGAACAGGCAGAAAGUCAACUUCGCCUCAAGAAAACAUGCAAUAACGCCUUAAGUUAACAGUCGAUACGAAGAUAAUUUUUGCCUAGUUAAAAUUCCGACUGUAAAGAGUUUACAGAGAGGAAAGCAAAGCCUACAAUAUUUCGCUCGAAAGAACCUCUUUGCCUUCACUCACUACGCGUGUUUGACACGUGCGAGCUUUGCGACAGAGUUAAGACGAUUUAUCUCGUUCGUUGUGAACGCCCCAUUGAAAACGAUCGAUAUAUCUUAAGAGCGUAUAUUUUAAUAUUGUUUCUACAACGAAGUGCAUUGAAGCAAGCUCACGUUGAGCGGCUCUGGAUCGUCACGUAUCAGUGAUUAAAACACAGUGAGAACGUUUUAUUGAAUCUCGUUGAAUAAAACAUUAAUAUUAUAAGACGA